GAUUCUGAGCCAUGUCACCCAGAAUCUCCAACCAUUGGUUGCGAUAGUCGUGCAGACCCCAACCAAUUAGUCUGCAUCUACCAACAUAGCUCAGACGAGAAGUUAAUGACUUCACACUCAUUUAAUAAAGAAUCAAAUUAUUGAACUGUUAUCGCCUGUAUGCUUGUCAAAAACUGGAUAUACUGCUCAGGAGUUUAUUGUGAAAUACAUUACAUGAAAACAAGAGUUGUGUAAGUUGUAAUUUCUUGAUUAUGAGUAUCUUCGAGGCAUUACUCGUAUAUAAUAAAUCGAUACAGAGAGUAUAUCUGUGGAUUGUAAACUAGCUAAUAAUUUUUUAAGUCACCGAUUAAGUUGGUUGAAACAAGUACUACUCACAUCCACUACAAAUGAGAUUACAGUCUUUUACUUUUCAUCUUGUUAAUCUUAUCUCGUUAAAAUUGAACGUCUGCAGUCGUGUUUACAUGAAUUACAGAAGCCAUUAAUUUUAUCUGCAAGUACAUAAACAAUACUGAGAUAAACAUUGGGAUACCUGAGGUUUAUUUGAAGGAAUUAUUACUACGUUGUACUUGCAAUGUACAGUUCACAUUCAACGACGUAAUUCAUAGACAGAAGGAUCGUAUAGCAAUGGGAUCCCCACUUGGUCCAUUACUGGCAGAUUGCUUCAUGGCCAGUUUAGAAAACAACCAACUUAAAAGAAUUAUAGAAAACCUCCACUUAUAUAAAAGGUAUAUGGAUGAUAUCUUUAUCAUUUGUGAUAACAAAUGUAACUUAAGUGAUCUCCUAAAUACAUUUGAUAAUUGUCACCCAUCAAUAAAAUUCACAAUUGAAGUUGAAAGCAAACAAAAUAUUCACUUCCUUGAUGUAGAUAUAACAAGGAAACAAGAUGGUACUUUAAAAAGAUCUAUCUACAGGAAACCCAUGUGGAAUGGCCAACUAUCAAAUUUCCACAGUUGGGUUCCCAUCAGCCGAAAAAGAAACUUAAUAAUAACUCUCGCCACAAGAAUACGAAGAAUCUGUAGCCCCGAGGUCGUAGAGGAAGAAUUGAGUUUUUUAAAAGAGAUACUUAUCAAAAACGGAUAUCCUUCUAUAUUCAUUGAUAAGAACAUGAAACCAAAAAUGCCAAGACCACAAACAACUGCAGUAGAAAAGAAAAUUUUAUACAUGAACAUCGACUUCAAAGGUGAUAGAGCCGCAUAUAUCUUAAAGAGGAGAAUUUCAGAUUCUUUAAAAAGAACAUUCUUUGCAGCAACAUUGCGAAUAUUAUUCUCCAGCCGAUCACUGUUCACCAAUAAUCUGAAAGAUAAAUUAUCGCAUCUGACCAAUUCAAUGUGCAUUUAUCAAUUUACCUGCUCUUGUGGAGCUAGGUAUAUAGGUCGUUCGAUGCGUACUUUAUCCAAAAGAAUUCAAGAACAUUGUCCGGCGUGGCUAAGAAGAGGAGGCAGCGGCUCAAUAAGAGGUUCUAUAAUCGAACACCUUGUGAACACAGGUCACUCAAUCAAGACAGACUCUGCGUUCAAAGUCAUCUACAAGGUAAGUAGAAGCCUUCCUAAGACAAUUAGACUACAUCUCCUUUGCAUUGCCGAGGCAAUAGCCAUACAUUUUGAAAAACCAGAAUUAUGUGUACAAAAGAGACUGGUACAACCUCUUCUUUUACCAUGGUCUUAAUGUAUUAAAAUUUUUUCUCUUUCUCAUUACUCUUGUUCUUUUACAGCCACUUGCUUCACCUUCCAUCUUCCCUUCAAAUCUUGUACCCCCAACCGGUUUGUUUUUAUUUCAACGAUCAUUCCGAUUACAUUUCAUCUCUGUUUCAACAUUUUAUGUUAUUUUAUCAUGCUGAGCUACUCUUACCCGAUGAAUAUCUAAGCCAUUAACUAUCAAACUUUCCUUGUUUUAAAAAAAAUUUUUCUAAUACCUUUGUUUAUUUAACCUCACUGUCACCAUGUAUAUCAUAAGUUUAUUAUCAGUAUUAUUAUCACCCUGUAAAAAUAAGUAUAUAUAUUUGCGAUUGUACAGCUUUGAAAAUGAAUUCACCGAAAAGAGAACUCUUCGCUGA